UCUGUUUUGUCAUUCUCGCAUCUGCUUGUUGGCACCCUCCCGAGUGAAAGGAACGUGUUCACUGGGAUUGGGUGUCGGAGUCGGAAGAUUAAUAGAGUGAGAAGGGGCUACCUGCUCUUUCAAUACCACGUGAUCCAUGGCCACUCUCUCAGCUUCCUCUUCUCCUCCAUGGCCGAGCCCUAAUCUGGAUUCCAAUUCAAUUCCUAGUUUUCAUGCCUACCAAUCUCAGACGCUAGACUUGGAUUCUUCUAUGCCACGCCAAUCAACCCCGUCUCGUAAUCACAGUCACUCCAUGUCUCAUCGUAACUCCAAUGAUGCUUCGCCCGAUUCCCCUUCGAUGACCGUCCCUCCUUCGCUGCUCCAACUCUCCUUCAACCAAGACCGAGCCUGUUUCGCUGCCGCCACUGAUAACGGUUUUCGUAUCUAUGAUUGCGACCCUUUCCGAGAGCACUUUCGGAGAGAGUUCGAUGGUGGCGGUGGCAGUGCCGGUGGAAUUGGCCACGUGGAGAUGCUUUUUCGGUGUAAUAUACUGGCGCUUAUCGGAGGUGGCCCCCGCCCGCAAUAUCCUCCAAACAAGGUGAUGAUCUGGGACGACCAUGAAGGCAGGUGCAUUGGUGAGUUGUCGUUCCGAGCUCCUGUUCGGGGAGUCCGGCUUCGACGAGACCGGAUAAUUGUAGCCAUGGAGCAUAAGAUAUUCGUCUACAAUUUCGCAGACCUCAAGUUGCUGCAUCAGAUAGAGACUCUUGCGAACCCCAAGGGGCUCUGCGAAGUUUCGCAAUUGGCCGAUUCUCUGGUGCUGGCAUGCCCUGCUUUGCAUAAGGGCCAGAUUCGAGUAGAGCAUUAUGCGCAGCGGAAAACCAAAUUCAUUUUAGCACAUGAUUCCGGCAUAGCUUGUUUCACUCUCACACUUGAUGGGCAGUUACUAGCCACGGCAAGCACCAGGGGGACACUGCUUAGGAUCUUUGAGACGGCUAAUGGCACGCUGCUUCGGGAAGUAAGGAGGGGAACGAAUGCGGCGGAGAUAUAUAGUUUGGCAUUCUCUUCUACUGCUGAGUGGCUAGCAGUUUCGAGUGACAAGGGUACUGUCCAUGUUUUUAGCCUCAAGGUUAAUUCUAGUGGGUCAGAGCACGAACAGUUACAGCGUACAUCCAGUUCUGAUGCUGCCGUUACGCCAUCUAGCUCAUCCCUCUCGUUCAAGAACUUAAAAGGAGUAUUGCCUAAGUAUUUCCACUCAGAGCGUUCAGUUGCUCAGUUUCACUUACGUGAGGGCUGUCGUUACAUAGUUGUAUUUGGGCAGCAAAAGAAUACGGUCAUAAUUCUUGGCAUGGAUGGAAGCUUCUAUCGAUGUGAAUUCGACCCAUUGCGUGGUGGAGAAAUGACUCAGCUGGGAUGUCAUAACUUCUUAAAGCCAAACAGCUUUUGAGAGUUGAGACUUGAGAGGAUCGGAGAUGCAAGCCUCGAGCCUUUGAUGAGAUUUCAAUGGUUGCGUUUCAGCCUUUUAGUUAGAGUGUAUCUGUUUAAUAAUGUAAAUGUCUGGCUCUAAAUGAGCACACUCUAGGUGUCUGUUUAUAUGUAUGCAUAUAUAUUUGGGUAGAAUAAGUGUCUCAAUUUUGUUAGAGCAACAUUGGCCCAUACAUAUUUCUUCAGGGCCAACCUUGUUGCUUCCACUGAACCAUCUAUUAUAUUUUACAUGUAAAUUAUCCUCCGACCACAAGAUUAUGUUACAAA